CCCGGCAGCGGAGGCGGGGGCACGUCGUCCGUCCUCGUUCUCGACGAUAUGUCAACGCGCGCACCCCCAGCGAACAUUUAUUAUCGCUCACAGUCCCCGGGAUACCGCCACGCGUCGUCGACGCCCCUGCCUCAGCACCACCAAAGAGGGGCAAACCCGUAUCCGACCUCAUCGAACGCGAACCCGCAUAAGCGUUCACGCCACCCGUCAGGAUCAGGCAGCUCGUACCCCCACUCCCACUCCCACUCGCGCGAGUACUCGUACUAUCAGGACUACGACGACGACGGCUCGCCGAUGAACCUGCCCUCGGGGCGGAUCGACGUGAAUGCGAUCCGGGCGCAUUCGCCGUUGCAGAUCAUCCACGAUGGAGCGUCGAGCGUGGUCGAUCUGGAUGGGGACGGUCCGAGGAGGAAGCAGAGGAGGACGCCGGGGACGCAGAUCUCCAUUGCGUGUUUUUUCUGUAGGAAGAGGAAGUUUAAGUGUUUGGAGGGGAAUCCGGCGACGGGACAGGUCUGCAAGCCGUGUCGAGUGCGUAACCAGCCCUGCGAAUACCCAGCGGAAUCUCACCGCGGCAGACGUAUGGACAAGCACGGCAAGCGGAAAGAGCCCAAGAACCCCACGACCUCCGCCCCCGCUGCAGGUGCAGGUGGCACCAUCGUCGCCCUCACCACCACCGCCGCCGCGCCCGGCGCAGGCAAGGGCCAGCCUAAAGCGAUCAAGGAGGAGCCGAAGGACGACUAGAAUAAGAAUAUUGCAUGGCCCGAGCAGGAGACGGAGACGGAGACGAAAGCGCGCGGGACGACGACAGCCACAGGAGGAACGAACGAACUAACUGGCGCGGUGUCUUGUUUGUUUGUUUCCUUGGCCUGUGAAUCUGAUCUCAUGUACGAUAAAAGAAUCGGUCGACACCACGGUUCGGAGUCCGGGGGACGGGCCUGCGGUGGGUAGUCAACUUACACUGCCCCUGCAGGUAACAGUAACGUGAAGCGAAGCGUUGGAUUGCUGACAGAACGGAACGAAACACGAACGAUAGCGAUCUUAUUGAAUUCUCUUACAUACACUUCAUACCUUCUCCUGCUCCGAACGUCAGUACGUACUAUCUAUGCCCAAAUCCGUUUAUGGUUAUCGAGUUGCUCUUUGCUUUUUUUU